GUUCCGCGCGCCGCCGCGUCCAUCCCGGCGGGACCUGGAAACCGCGCCGCGCUUCCCGGCGGCCGCGCUCGCUCGGCUGCCCGGAGCGGCCUCGGGGUGCUGCUGCUGCUGCUGGAGCUCUGUUCUGACGGUGUUCUCCCAGCCCUUCCUGCCAGACUUUAAUCAUCUUGGGAGCUUGUCAAGUAAGCGUAUAUACAGUCAACAAUUCAUUCUCCAGAGUUUAUAGACUUAAAAUCUACCUAUUGGACAUCAUGAGUUCAUCCUCUCCAGUCAACUACUCUGUAACAGAAGCUAGAAGCUUAUGUAAUGCGGAAUGUGAGUUGCUACAGAAGAGCAAUGAAUUGGAGUUGGAUGCCGUUUUAGAUCUGAGAUGGAAACUUCUUCAAGCUAAAAAAGAAAAUUUGGACUUAACUAUUCAACACAAUCAGGAAGUGUCCAACUAUGAAAACCAGAUAAUCAAAUUACGGUCGCAAUUUGAGAGAGGAGAGGCUGUUCGACAAGGUCUGGAGUACAAACUGGCAGUUGCCAGAAAAGGUGCCCAUCUGAAAAUGCGUACUGCAGAAGAAGAGUUAAGUGAUGCAAAAAACAAACUUGUGGAACUGCAAGUAUUCAAUGAAAACCUUCAGCAGAAAGUGACAGAGACUGAGAAAACAUUUCACAAUGCUCAACAGAAGUGGGAAGAAGAACAGCAAAGACUUGCAAGGGCGAAGGAUGAUAUCAGCAGAAUUUAUAACAAUGAAUAUGUAUUCCUUCUUAAGGAAAGAAACCAAGUAGAAACGAUUUUACUGGAGCUGAAUAAUGAACUGCAAAAUAUGCGCAAGAAAUUGAGAGAUGUGGAGGUGGAACACAGUGGCUGUAAUGAGGUGCUGAGAAGCCAAGCCAAUGAACUUAAAUGCAGCACCGAACGAGAGAAGAGACUUAGAAAGGAACUUGAAGCAGCUGCAGUGAGAACAAAGAAACUGGAAGAAAGCAUUGAAGCAGAGAGAGCAGCUCAUUUAGCAUCCAAUUUUGCUUCAGAGAUUAUCCAGUUAAGAGUUCAAGAACUUGAAGAAGCUGUGCAUGUGGAAAAGGACAGACGAGAAGAAGCUCUUUCAGAUUUAGAAAUGAUCAAGAAAGAGUUCCAAGGGUUAGAAAGUGCAUAUGAGAGAGAAAAACACAAUGCCCAAAAGAACUUGGAAAAACUCAAUGUAUUGGAAAGAGAGUGUUUCUCCUCAAACAAUCAAAUGAAAGAAGUGAUUGAGGAAAAGAAGAAGGUAAUUAUAGACCUCUCUGCAAGACUAGGAAAUGCUGAAAAAAGCUGCAGAGAAUUACAGAUGGAACUUGCAAUGGCCAAGAAACACCAGGUCUUUCUAACAGAGACGUAUGAAAACAACAUGAGAGAGCUGGAGUUACUCUUGGACAGCUUUGCUAUGUCAGGCCAGCGGACAGCAGGCACUUGUGAGGACAAAGAUAAACCUCUGAGCUGCUCUGUCGUUGAGACUUUGAGGUGUACCUUGACAGCUUACCAGAACAAGCUGGAAGAUACGUCUAAUGAGCUUGAGAAAACGAAGGCUUUGUGUAAAAAGAUGACAAAAGAACUUGAGAUAUCUGAGGAGAAAAUGUGUGCUUUAAGACAAGACCUUAAGGAAGCUCAGGGUACCAUGGCUGAUGCCAAUAAAGAGUUAAACCAUCUGCACACUAAGUGUGCAGACAGAGAGACUUUAAUAGAAACUUUAAAAAUGGAACUACAGGAUGUACAGCAAUGCUGGGAGAAAGAGCAAGUACGUGCCGCAGAAUCUGAAAAUGAAAUCCAGAAGCUUACCAGGGCUUACCAGAAGGAUAUGGAGGAGAAACUAACCUUCCUUCAUAGCUUAUACCAGCAUUUGAUAGCGGGCUGUGUGCUUAUAAAACAACCAGAAGGCAUUCUAGAUAGAUUCUCUUGGCCUGAGCUUUGUGUAGUCUUGCAGGAGAAUGUUGAUGCCCUGAUCUCAGACCUCAACAGGGCUAAUGAGAAGAUAUCUCACCUAGAAUAUGUUUGUAAAAACAAGUCCAAUACAAUGAAGGAGCUUCAGCAGAGCCAGGAAGAUGCUUUAAAUAAAAUGGCUGAACAGAUGAAAGCACAGGCAAGCAGUUGGCAGAAUGAAAAAAAGUAUCUGGAACAGCAGUACGCAGGUCUCCUUGGGGAGGUUCAUGCAAGGGCACAGGAACACCAAGAAACAGCAGAGAAAAAUAUGGAAAAAAUUUAUGUCCUUGAAAAAAGUCAAGAGAAAUUGGCUCUUGAAAGCAUUUCUGUGAAAAACACGUUAACACAGUUUCAGAAGGAGCAUUCCUCGCUCCUGGCAGCCUGUGCACUAUUGGCAGGUGCCCUGUGUCCUCUGUAUGGCCGAUUGUGUGCUAUGUCUUCACAAAGAGACCUUCUCCAGGAUCAGGCCAAUAUUUAUGAAUUAGUGAACCAGAAGAUUAGGAGCCUAGUUCAUGUGCUCUCGGAUGAUAAGGAAAACAAUCAAGAUGAAGCAAAACUAAAGAAAAGGAAAUUCCAAGGCCUGAUUUAUGUAUUCCGAAGAGCUGUGAUUGCGGUUUUGGCGGCCAACAGACUUAAAGUUUUAGCACAGUCUUCUAGUUCCCUCUUCACCUGGACAAAUGGCUUAAGAGAAGGCAUUGGAAUUACAGUUUGUGUAGGAGAUCACAAGGGCAAGCGUAAUCUGUCAAGUUGUGAAGAGGAAGAGCUUGACUGUGCGGAAGCACUCAGCUGGUUUGCUAGUUCUAAACUCCUUGCUGCAAUAAUCAGUUCCGUCACUGAAUUACAGGACGUUGUUAACAAACCAGGUACGAAGUCCUGGCUUUCUGGAAAGUUACUUUUAAGUGCAGCCAGGAAUUCGUUUUCAAAACUUAUGGACAAGCUGAAUGUUAUAAUGGAGACGGUUCCCUUAGACCACAGCAAGUAUAUUACUUACCUCAAGAAAGACUCCUUGGUACAGAGCCUGGCUCAUGGACUUCAUAAAAUAAAUACCGAGGCCCUGGAAGCUGGAUUGUGUGACAGAGUAUCCAGUAUGAAAAAUGUAGAAUCCUUGCAGAAGCAGAUAUUUGAAUUUACACAAAGACUUCAUACAGCAGAAGUGGAACGCCGCUCACUGCGCCUACAACUUGCAGAAUUCAAAUCGAAUUUCAGUGAGAUGAAGAAAGAAGCAGACAAAGCCCAGAGCCUGCAAGAGCAAUUAAAUAUGCUUAAACAAAAAUUGAUCACCCAUGAGAGGUUUGAAAGUGUAUGUGAAGAAUUAAAUAAUGCAUUACAUCGAGAGCGUCAGGCACAACUGCUUUUGAAUGAACAAGCACAACAGCUACAGGAGUUAAAUAAUAAACUAGAAUUGCAAUUCAGUGAGGAAGCAGAUAAAACCCAAGUCUUAAGUGAAUCUGUACAGAGUCUCUCCGAGGCAACGAUGGAGCUGAGAAGAAGAGAUCGAUUUCUGCGUCAGCAAAAUAGACUUCUUACCCAGCUGGAGCAGGACAAGCGUCGACUGAGCGAGAGCAUCCGUGAUGCAGAGAGUGCCCUCUGCACGGCAGCGAAAGAUAAAGAAUUGAUCAUUAGUCAUAUGAAAUCUGUGGAAGACACUCUGCAUAAGGUCAGAGAUCAGGCCUUGCUGCCGUGUACUGCAGCAGCCACGAAUGACUUCACCCUGGAGCUACCCAAACUGCACCUGGAGACCUUUUCAGAGGAAGGGCUGAAGGGCAGGCCAGAGGCUGCAGCAUUUCAGGCUGUGAUUCAGAGUUUCAUGGAAGUCUACCAACUUGCAGUUUCCAGAGUUGAAACAUUAGUGAGAGAAACAGAAUCUCUUCAGCUUCACAUUGCAACCAUGAAGUCCAGGCUCCAAAUAGCUAGUCUUCAUGAAAGUGACCUUAAAAUGGUUUAUGUGUGUCCUGCUGAGCCUGUGCCCAAUAUAAUUGGGCUGCUCCUUUGCCUGUUAUGAUUGUUUUUGUUGUUUAAAUCAAGAUGACCACUUGUGUACUGAAGACUGGGAAACUUGCCAAACUUGCAGCAAGGUUUGCUUUCAUUUGGAUUGAGAAAUCUUUUAGCAAAGAUUAUGCUAGUCCUGUCUUUGAAGGGCUAUGCAGCAGCCUGAUAUGUUACAGUGAAAACCAGCUCUCCAAUGUUUGUGAUUAAAUGCUGUGUUUUUAAAGUAAUUUGUAUCUGCAUGCAGUGUCAAUGUAAAGAUGAUACUAUUUGCGUUGUGGAGGGAUCUGUUAGCCCUCUACGGAGAGCAAUAGUUCUUCCUUUAGAUGCAGUUUAAUUUGAAUCUAGGCCUAAGCAUUAAUAGGAAGUGUUUUAAAAUUUUAACGUAAAAGUGAAAAAAUUCAGAAUGAGAAUCUCAAGCUGCCAUGAAGAAAGUAUUAGUGAUUAUGGUUUAUUUUGUAUUAUUUGGGUUUUCAGUAAAUUUCUCUGUAUGUUCUGCAUAUUUGUAGAAGUUGUAUUAAGCAUAAAUUUUAAGAACUUCAGGCAUCGCAGCUUUGCAGCAUGACUUAGAUUUUAACAUUCCAGUUGUUACUGUUCUGUUCCGAUUUUGAGGAAUAAAUUCUGCACUAAAUUGCUUUCUCUAGUAAAAAAAGUAGAACAGAUUUUUGUUACUUUUUUUAAAUGAAAGGGAGCAAUGACUUCUUGAGCACGUAUUUGGUUUCAAAAUUAGACAAGCUUUGUUAGUUUUAAUUCACCGUGUUCAAUCAUAUAUCCAUUGCAGGCAAAAUUUUACAUGGAGGAGACAAACACAGCACUUGGACUGUAUCAGUUGCAGGCCUUCAUAUAACAUGUGUUUGUGCUCCCUGAACAGUAACUAUUGCUCAGUGCUGAAAUAUAUUUUUGAAGUCUUCUGGUUGUGUAUUGUGUGGACUCUUACAUUAUAAAAUUGGGUUUUAUCUCACAAUGUUGUGGCUGUCUCUUGAUGUCUUUUAUGCUAGUUGCUUAAGGAUCUUGCCCUGCCAGCUGUCCAUUGCAUUCAAAUUUGGGCCAUUCAUGAACAUUGAUAUUUUCCAUGUUCAGAUGGUAUCACUUUCCUAAUUGACCUGUUUCUACUGAAAUUUCAUAACUAUGCCACCUUUCUUUCUAUUCACACCACUUCUUUCUUCUGCUGCUUUGGGUUUUGCUGAUAAUUGUAUAACCAAAAUUGAUGCCGUAAGGCAAAAUUGGUGGUUCUAACUCCUAAUCUUUUAUCUCAGGCUUUGAAUUGACAUCUCCAUCCUCCAGUCUAUUUCUAGUCCAAGCACUUUCCUUCUGGUCAAUAGAGUUUAGAUUCUGAGAUUGCUAUAUGUGGUCAUGCUAACGCCAACAGAGAGGAACAGGAAGGGAUAUGGUUAUGAUGGACAGAGGUGAGAUGAACACUGGAAACACAGCUUGCAGAGAAGAGAAUUAUGGGGGGAGAAUUGAAGUCAGUGGCAGAAUGUCUCUCUACUCUCCAUUAGUGCCCAGCUAUCUAUCUGUUGUACUUGUCUCUGAUAAUUCUUACUCUGUGCAGAGAAAAGCCCUGUGCAUUUUUAAUUCUUGCAACUCUUUAAAAUUCAGUAUGGCUGAAAAACAGCUUAGAUCUUCUACCAGUCUACUUUUCUUCUUCUUUCCACCCCUCCCCCUGUUCCCCCCCUUUUUUAUUGUUUUCUAUUCCUAUUCCUGUAUCUCUUUUCUCUUGGUUGGAUGGGUUCCUGGUUGGCUGGUUUGGUUUUUUUUACUUCUUCUGGUUUUCUGUUCUUUACCAGCUGGUUCUGAAAUUUCCCUUACAUUUCUAAAUUGUCCUUUUUUUUUCCUUCUAUUAGGAAACUAUCACCAUUUUGUAAUAGUCCUUCCUGCCUAUUUCUUGUUCAGCAACUUCCAGUAAUAUAAACAUCAUGAACUGUGCUGAAUUCUGCUGCUUUUAUUAAUUUUAAUUCUUCUUCAGAUACGUUAGUUUAUUAGUAUACUUGCACAUUCAUUCAGAGUAGCAGUAAUAAGUAGACCUUGAACUGAGAGCUUAGAAGUGCUGUACUGUGCAGUAGAAUAGUCAUAAGCAGUUACUUUGUGGGUGCUGCAGAGCAAUGUGUCAUCGUAGUUAGUCACAUGGCAAGUGAAUCCAUGUUGUCCAAGGGGUUUUCGCUGCAAGUGCAGCAUUGCAGAGUGUAGAUGCAGUGACAAUGUCUUUUCCAGUGUGACUGGACACAUAGGAGGCAUAGUGAACAGAAUUCAGUCCAUUAUAAAACUUUUUCAGGACGUGUUCUUGUAGCUUCCAGCCCUAAGAUUUUAUGCCCGAUCUCAGUACUGCUGUCAGAAGCUUAAGAAGGUAAAAUAAUCUGGUCUCAGUUCUGGCAAACAAAAGAAGCCACUUUUGUUAUGACAAGUGGUCAGGUGCUUCUCUGAACCUGAGUGUGCACUGAUCUGGUGAUACUUCUUCCUUUUUCUGUUUUUAACUCAGAAUCAAAUGAGAAUAGAAAAUGAAGAGGAAAGUACAGUAAUUUCUAAAGAUGAUGAAGAGAGAAAAGCUUUGUGUGUACUGGAGAAAUGAAAACUGGGGGACCCAAAAGGAUAACUUUAUCUGAAAGGGGGAGAAAGUUAGUUUCAGAUGGAUGAGAGGGGUGAAGUAAAGAGGUCUGUAAAUGUAGCAGAGUUCUCUAACUAACUAUGAAAACAACUGUUGUCUUUUGAUGCUUCUCCUAGCUGAGGUGAAAGUGAAAUCACUCAUUGGUUUAUGUGGCUUUGUGUCAUAUCUUUUUUGCCAUAGUUGUAUCUGUGUCUGUCCUUUGUCUGGAAAUGUCUACUGAUAUCCCUUAAAAGUAUUGAAAAUACAGAAAUGGUGAGUUUUGUUGAGAUGAGGGAAGCAAGUAGAAUGAUCUUUUGCAUGAAAAUUACGUAUUUGUCCUUGAGAUUGUAGAGAUUGUAGUAACUAACAUAUGGUUUCAUACUUGUGUGUUGAAAAACUGCACUAAGGAAGAUGUACACUUUUCUCCCUAAUCAAAGCGGUCAGCUCUCAAUUCUUAUGAUCUACUUGAACCCCAUUCAUGGGGGGUAGAGAGAAAAGAAAUAUUUAAUACUCAAACUUAUGAGUUAACUAUUCCCCUGACAGUUUCUUCCUACUUAACCAGGCCGAUCAUGGCAGUGGUUUGACAUGUCUUUCCCCUAUACACCUUGUUUCCUAGUCACCAGUUCAGUCUGUGUUUUAUAGCUACAACCUGCAUCUGACAGGGAUGCAUUGUCCCAAAUUUAGAAUUAUGAGGAUGGAACUAUAGAGAAAGAAGAAAUCCCAACUAUUUGCCU